AUGCGACACUUCCGCAGAGGUCACUUCCGUGUACGUCACUUCUGUUUCCAUUGGCAACUUGAGGACGCGGGGAUUGUCACGAAUAAAAUGGCAGAAGUUGAGGAAUCUCUCCAGAGAGUGGAAGCUAAUAGGACCGUGAUUGGAACGAUCGUCGCCAAUAAAGAAGGUAUCCCAGUCCGAUCAACGUUUGAGAACUCCAAGGCUGCAAAGUACGCAGGACUCCUUCGUCAUCUGACCAUAAUGGCCACCAGCACAGUGAGGGACAUUGACCCUCAGAACAAUCUCACUGUCCUACGCAUUGGCACUAAGAAUCAAGAAAUCAUGAUCGCACCUGAGAACGACUGUCUGGUCAUCGUCCUCCAGAGGUGUGAUGGCUGAGGUGCCCUAAUGUGUUACCAUUCAAGGGAAGUCCUGAAUUGUUCCUGAUGAUGGUUCCAAGGAGAUGGAUCCUGUUUCAGAUGACUUUGGGUUGAAAGGCAGGCUACAACCGGGACUGGGGGAUGAAAAUUAAUGACAAAUUUAACAAUUACUAGUACUGCACAGUGGUUGACUGGUACAAAAAACAAACAAACAAA